AUGGCUGCUUCAUCUGAAACUACAUCAGUUGUUGAACAAACAACUUCCACGUUUAUGCUGAAAAUCAAACAUAAUCAGAAUCUGGAUUUGGAUCUUGAGUCUUCCAAGUAUGCUGAAUCUCUAAAUCCGUUGAUCGAAGGCCUCCGAUAUUCUCCACUUUCUCAGGCUCUAACAAUGGAUGAAAGUGUGUGGUUGAUUCAUCUGUCGAAGGCUUUCUCCAUUGCUCUAGUUAAAAGAAUCAAAUGUGACCAUGAAAUUGAUGAGAAUCUGCGGGUUGCAAAAGAAGCUGAAGCUCGGGAAAAGGAGGCUCGUGAUGCUCAAGUCACACUCAAAACUCAGAAGGCCCUCUUUCCUCCUUGGUCAAUAGAGCAUAUUUUGAAUAAAGAUGUUGACAAUAUGAAUGUUUACUGUUCGGAACCAGUUGCUUCAUUUGAACUGGAAAAAAACUUCGGAGUCUCAGCUCGACUUUCCUACAACUCCGAAGGCCUUUUUUGA